GCGGUGCUUUGCGACGAGCGGGCUUGACGGCUGCUGGGUUCCCCCCCUCUCGCCCCCCCCGUGGCUGGUUGUCAGGGCGCCUCGCUUUACGGCCCGGCGGCGAUGGCGGAGGGAGAGCGGGCGGAGAACGGCAAUGGGGGCGAAGGCGGAGGGAGCGCCGAGCGGCCGCCGCAGGAAGGGGAGCCGGGGGCGCUGGAGCGAGCCGAAGCCCUCAAGACGCAGGCGAACGAUUACUUCAAAGCGAAGGACUACGAGAACGCAGUCAAGUAUUACUCCCAGGCCAUUGAACUCAACCCCACCAAUGCCAUCUAUUACGCCAACCGCAGCUUGGCCUACCUGCGGACGGAGUGCUAUGGCUACGCCCUGGCCGACGCCACCAAGUCCAUUGACUUGGACAAAAAGUACAUCAAGGGCUACUACCGCCGAGCGACCAGCAACAUGGCCCUGGGGAAGUUCAAGGCGGCUCUGCGGGAUUACGAGACGGUGGUCCAGGUGAAGCCGAACGAUAAGGACGCCAAGAUGAAGUAUCAGGAGUGCCACAAGAUUGUGAAGCAGAAAGCCUUCGAGCGCGCCAUCGCCAGCGACGAGCACAAGCGCUCCGUGGUCGACUCCCUGGACAUCGAGAAUAUGACCAUUGAGGACGAGUACAGUGGCCCGAAGCUGGAGAACGGGAAGGUGACCUUGGAAUUCAUGAAGGAACUGAUGCAGUGGUACAAGGAUCAGAAGAAGCUGCACCGGAAAUGUGCAUAUCAGAUUUUAGUACAGGUGAAAGAGGUGCUAUCAAAACUCCCCACCCUUGUAGAAACCACAUUAAAAGAGACGGAGAAGAUUACCGUCUGCGGAGACACCCACGGGCAAUACUAUGACCUGCUGAAUAUAUUUGAGCUGAACGGGCUGCCCUCGGAAUACAAUCCAUACCUGUUCAACGGGGAUUUCGUUGACCGCGGUUCCUUCUCAGUGGAGGUGAUACUAACCCUCUUUGGUUUCAAGCUGCUCUAUCCAGAUCAUUUCCACUUGCUCCGAGGGAACCACGAAACGGACAACAUGAACCAGAUCUACGGCUUCGAAGGCGAAGUCAAAGCCAAGUACACGGCCCAGAUGUUUGAGCUCUUCAGCGAAGUCUUUGAAUGGCUGCCCCUGGUGCACUGCAUCAACGGGAAGGUGUUGAUAAUGCACGGUGGGCUCUUCAGCGAAGACGGCAUCAUGUUAGACGACAUCCGGAAGAUUGAAAGGAAUCGUCAACCUCCAGACUCAGGUCCUAUGUGUGACUUGUUGUGGUCAGAUCCCCAACCCCAGAAUGGCCGGUCGGUCAGCAAGCGGGGCGUCAGCUGCCAAUUCGGGCCGGACGUCACAAAGAGUUUCCUGGAAAGCAAUCACCUCGACUACAUCAUCCGAAGCCACGAGGUGAAGGCCGAGGGCUACGAGGUGGCCCACGAGGGGAAGUGCGUCACGGUCUUCUCGGCCCCCAACUACUGUGACCAGAUGGGCAAUAAGGGGGCCUACAUCCAUUUGCAAGGCUCAGACCUGCGGCCGGAGUUCCACCAGUUCACAGCAGUGCCUCAUCCGAACAUUAAGCCAAUGGUUUACGCCAAUUCGCUGCUGCAGCUGGGGAUGCUAUAAGCUGCCUUCCGCCUCUGCUGACCGCGCCCCCCCCCCAAGACCUCCCGGAGGUCCACUCACCGGGCAGUGACCGUGAUUUCAUUUUUAUUUUUUUUAUCAUUUCUCCCAACAUCAGCCUUCACUACGGAGCAGGAUUGUGCUGCAGAUGGAGGGGGGGACAGGGCAGGGCAGCUGAGGAACUGGGGGGGGGGGGAGUUGAAAAAUGAUGUGACAGGGUUGAGGGAGGAGAGUCCCUUUCCUCAAAAAGCAGGUAGGGACCCCCCCCCCCAGGUGGUUCUUUUCUUGCACUUGCCAACCUGGAGUGCAAGAAAACAGCAAGUCGGAGCGUCGGAAACAAAGGAUUUUUUUAAAAAAAAGUUAUAUAUUUUGGAAAACUGUAUUUAUUCCCUAGGCUCUCGGUUGUUGUUGUUUUUCUUUCCACAGCCCUCCCCUCCUUCCUUUCCCGGCUGCUGCAUGGCUGAGAAAGGAGAGCUGGAGGGGAAAGUGUGGGGGGGGGGCUUUCUUAUGAGCCGGCAUGGCGUCUCCCUUGUCGCCCACCCAAAGUCUCCAAAUUGGGAGUUUUCCUCUCCCCUCUUCGCCUUCCUUCCUCUGCUGAGCAGCACCUGCGUCCGUUGGAGCCGAAAUUCAGCUCAUAGGAUCCAAGCUGGGGCAGCCAAAGACCGGGGGGGCCGUUCUAGAUAGGAAUAUGGGGGUGAAAGGGCCAUCCACCCCCCCCUACCCCCCCCCACACACACAUUAAGUUUUCUUCAUCCAUGGGCCAGUGUUUCUCAACCUUGGAGAAGGAAGAGACCAGGCCUCAGUUACAUCCACAAUGCUGACCAACAGCUUUCCCUGCAUCCUUGGGGGGGGGGGGGCUGAUGCAUCCUUGGCCUUGUUUACACACACACACACACACACACACACACACACCGCCUUGCAGGUUAAUCCAGGGCUUGGGGGAUGGAAGAGAGCCUGGCAGAAGCGAAGGCAGGGGGUGCAGGAGCGUCUGCCUCCCCUUCCAUCUGAUCCCUCUCUGGAAGAUAAAUCAAGGUGCCUUUCAUUCUUCAUGGAAUGAGAUCUUCCCCCAAUGCAGGCCUGCCCCACCCCCCGAUUUCCAGAGACCCCCCCUCUCUCCUCAAGGGAGACCCCUCCUUAGCUAUCGGGAUGGAUCCAGGGUCACCCCACUUAGCCUCGUCGGGGUUCCCAAAUCCCAGAGGACUCUUUUUUCGUCCCCUCUGAGUGACGGUUUGGAAUGAUGGGAGUCUGGGAUUUUUGGUGUCUCGGGAUGGCGGAGCUUCUGCGAUUCCCGGUUUUUGCAGCUUGGAAAUCUCGCCGAUUUUGGUUUCUUUGGAGAGA